AUGGCUCCAGCACGCCACGACCCCGAUGCCUAUGCAAAGGCCUUGCACGCUCCUCCGCCGCCUGGCUCCCCUUUCUCCCUCCCCGUCCCCAACAGCGAGCGUGAAGGCCGCAGUGCUGUCUAUAGGCAUUGGCGCUUCGUCGACCAGCCUCUUCUGCAGACCAUUGACCCCGAUGUCCUCACGGCCCACGAUUCGUUCGAAGCUUCGGUGAAGAAGACGCCCAAUGCCAGGUGCUUGGGGGCAAGGCCGUGGGAUCCGGUCACCAAGACCUUUGGCGACUACCAAUGGCUCACAUACUCCGAGGUGGCGCUCCGGAGGAAGAACUUCGGGGCGGGAUUAGUCGAACUGCACAAGAAAGCGGGCGUUACCCAGGACAGACAGUAUGGUGUUGGUCUCUGGUGCCAGAACAGACCGGAAUGGCAGAUUUCAGAUCUGGGGUGCAUGUCCCAAUCUCUAUUUACCGUCUCCAUCUACGAUACUCUUGGUCCAAACACGACCGAGUACAUCAUUAACCAUGCAUCUCUUGUUUGCGUUAUCGCGACGCUCUCCCACAUUCCGACGCUGCUCAAGAUUGCCCCUCGGUGCCCUACACUAAAACUUAUAAUCUCUCUAGAUCCGCUGGAUGCAGGGGAGCGGCCGGGCAACUCUAAAGCUGCCAUCUUGAACGCGCUGGCAGCCGACAAUGGGAUAUCGAUUCAUUAUAUUGAAGAUGUUGAGGCUAUUGGAGCAGCUUCGGGUGCGCCCAUGAGACCGCCCAAGCCGGAGGACAUCAUCACCAUCAACUAUACUUCGGGGACCACUGGCAAUCCCAAGGGAGUGGUCCUGACACACGCAAAUGCAACUGCGGCCACGGCCACAGCACGAGUUACCACUGAUAGCAAGCCCACAGAUGUGAUGAUUUCCUAUCUACCCCUGGCACACAUCUAUCAAAGACUGGCAGAACACAACUUCCUCUCAGCCGGGUCUUCCAUUGGCUAUUUCCAUGGCGACACCCUUGGUCUUAUUGAUGACAUGAAGCUGUUGCGCCCCACGACCUUCAACUCCGUUCCUCGUGUCUACAACCGUUUUGGGACUGCUAUUCGCGCCAACACGGUUGAUGCCACAGGGCUGAAAGGGGCCAUUGGACGUCACGUCAUUAACAACAAGCUCGAAGCCAUGAAACUCCCCCCUGGAAAGGCAACGAACAGACACAUCCUCUGGGAUCGUAUUUACACCCCCAAAAUAACCAGUGCUGUGGGCCUGCAGCGAGCCCGCGGCAUGGUCAGUGGAAGCGCACCCCUUGACCCCACACUGCAUCAGUUCCUCCGUGCGGCCUUCGGUAAUGAUUUCAUCCAGGGGUACGGGUUAACAGAAACCUACUCUGUGGGCCUGGCCCAAACUGAAAAUGAUUACUCGACUGGUAACUGUGGUGGUCUUGCACCCGGGGAUGAAGCAUGCCUCGUAUCCGUCCCGGAUAUGGAUUACUUGGUCACAGACAAGCCCAACCCUCGCGGCGAGCUCUUGAUACGGGGCAACACCCGCUUCCGCGAGUACUUCAAGAACCCAGAAGAGACAGCCAAAUCCAUCGACGCAGAUGGGUGGUUCAGCACUGGUGACAUUGCCGAGGUCGACAGCCUGGGACGAUUCAAGAUUAUUGAUCGCCGGAAGAACGUCCUCAAGCUCGCCCAAGGAGAGUACAUCUCCCCCGAGCGUAUCGAGAAUGUGUACCUCGCCAACUGCAAUCUCCUGACGCAGGCCUUUGUCCACGGCGAUUCCACCCAAGCCUUCCUCGUCUCGGUCCUCGGGGUCGACCCCCAGACCUUCGCCCCCUUCUGCAGCAAGAUCCUCGGCAAGUCCAUCUCGCCCACCGACCUGGACGCCAUCAAGGGGGCCUCCCGCGACCCGCGCGUGCGCAAGGCCGUCGUGGCUGAGCUCGACAAGAUCGGCAAGAAGAACAAGUUUAACAGUUACGAGCGGGUCCGCAACGUGCACCUCGAGCUUGAACCCUUCACCAUCGAGAACGAGCUUCUGACCCCCACUCUGAAACUCAAACGCCCACAGACGGCGAAGAAGUUCCGCCAGGAGAUAGACCGCAUGUACGAGGAAUCACUGGCCUUGGAGGCGCCACGCGCGAAACUGUAGUUAAUUCAGGGGAAUCCUAUCAUAGUGAAGACCAGACCAGAUCAAAGAUCCUUUCUUUUGGAGAGGAAGAAGUGACUGGUGUAAUCGCUCUGUUGGCGGCUUUGGCUUUGGCUUUGGCUUUGUACGAAUAUCCAUGCUAUGCUAUGCUAUGUCUUUCGUUCCCUUCAAACCUACCUAGAUACAUGACUGCAUACAUAUACCUCUUUUGUAGAUGAAAAGGCAGAAUUCCCGGGAGGAAGAGAGCAAGAAAUGAAGCCUCAAUUCCCCAGGGGUUGGGGUGGGAAAGUGAUAUCUGGAUCUAUCUGAUAUAGUGUGAUGUAGGCUAGGAAUGAACAUGAGUCGCUUUCAUCCGUUCAUACGUUCAUUCUUUUACUCUUUGUGUUUUUCUCGGGGUUCAUUUACUAUUGGGGGUGAGAGUUGAGAGAAGUUGGAGGGGUGAUAUAUGAUAUAUAAUGAGACCAAGCCUCCAAGUCAUAAUCAAGCG